GAGGCGUCCUCGAUGGGCCUGGGCGAGAAGGGGCAGGCCAUGGACACGAUCCAGCCCCUGUGGGACACGACCAUGGAGAAGAUGCAGGACAUGUGGAGCAGCACCUUUGCCGCGCUCCCCGCCGGCGCCAAGGCUCCCCUCCUGGUCAUCACCGGGUUCGUCUGCAGCACCCUGGACGGCCGCCCCACCACGCUGAAGCGCAGCGGCUCGGACUACUCCGCCACCAUCUUCGCCAAGGUGCUGGGGUCGGCGUCCGUGACCUUCUGGAAGAAUGUGAACGGCGUGUACACCGAUCCCCGCCGGGUGCCCAGCGCUUUCUCGAUCCCGUCGCUGACGUUCGACGAGGCCAUGGAGCUGGCCUACUUCGGCGGCCAGGUGCUGCACCCCUCGGCCAUGGUGCCCUGCAUCGAGAAGAGGAUCCCCGUCCUCGUCAAGAACGUGUUCAACCCAUCCCACCCUGGCACCAGGGUAUACGGUCGGGGGGACGCCUGGAACAAGUGGGACGAUCAGGAGGAGGACGUCACCAUGAAGGACUUCCCGGUCAAGGCCAUCACGUCCAUCGAGAAGGUGUCGCUGGUGACCAUCUCGGGCGCAUCCUUUCUGGGCACCAUGGGCGUGGCUCGCCGGAUGAUGCAGGCUCUGGAGACGGCUGGCGCCAACGUGAUCCUCGCCUCCCAGGGAUCCUCCGAGCACUCCAUCACCGUGGCGGUCGAUGCGGGCGAUCAGGACCGUGCGGUGGAGGGCUUGAAGGAGGCCUUCGCCAUUGAGCUCGCGCGGGACUCCGAGAUCAGAGUGGCCCCGAAGCCGGACUGCAGCAUCGUGGCGAUCAUCGGUGAGGGCAUGAAGGAGCGCACAGGCAUCGCGGCGCGCUUCUUCAACUCCCUGGGGCGGGCCCAGGUGAACGUAGUCGCCAUUGCGCAGGGCGCAUCGGAGCGAAACAUCUCGGUGGUGGUGCCGCGUGGGGACCUUUCCCGCGCGCUGCGCGCUAUUCACGAAGGCUUCACGCUGUCGAACAUGAACAUGGGAAUCGGGAUCAUCGGCACCGGACUGGUUGGUUCGGAGGUCGUCAAGCAGCUCGCCAAGUUCGAGGCAUCCCAGGGCAGGAUGCAGAAGCUCCCGGCCAUGAUGCAGUCGAAGAACCUCAACAUCGAGGUGCGCAUGAUCGCGGACUCGAGCAAGAUGGUGCUGUCCGAGCACGGCCUCCCGCUGGAGGGGCUCGACAUGGAGGAGGGCGGCACCAGCAUCCCGGCGUGGGAGAAGAAGGUCGCGGAGCUCGGGGCUGACUUCCAGGUGGUGCCGACCGAGAUGGGCGUGCUCGAGGAUUUCCUCGACACCAAGCGCAUACCCCACAAGGUGAUCAUCGAUUGCACCCCCUCGGAGGAGGUUGCCAAGAACUACCCGAGAUGGCUGCGCAAGGGGAUCCACGUGAUCUCCGCCAGCCACUGUGUCGGCUCGGGGCCGCUCGACAGGUCAGGCUGGCCGACAGACCGGGGCGACGCGCUCGGGCGGCCGGUGGCUCUACGAGACGACGAUCGGGGCGCAGAUGCCCGUCAUCUCCACCAUCCACGACCUCGUGCAGACCGGGGACGACGUGAAGAAGGUGGAGGGCGCGCUCUCGGGCACCGUGGGGUUCAUCCUCAACGCCAUGGAGCAGGACCCGAGCACGACCAUGGGUUGGGCCAGGCGCUCGCCGCGGCGGCGGCCCGCGGCCUCUGCGAGCCCGACCCGCGCGACGACCUCUCGGGCCUGGACGCGGCCCGCAAGGCCGUCAUCAUCGCGCGCGAGCUCGGCCUGCGGACCUCGAGCUUUCCGACGUGGAGACCGAGUCGUUCCUGCCCAAGGACCCGAGAAGACGGGUGCCCCAAAGACGUUGCGGCGAUCGCCGAGCUGCUGGACAGCUCCCAGGACACGAGGAUCAGGGCCCUCAUCCAGGAGGCCAAGGACCGGGGCGAAAAACUGAACUACGUCUGCCAAGUCGACGUGGAGAAGGGCGAGGCCAGCGUGAAACUGAGGAGUUGCCCGCUGAACCACCCACUGGCCUCAGCCAACGAGGCCGACAACGUGGUGCUGUUCGUAACCAACCGGUACGCCGAGAACACCCCGCUGGUGGUGCGGGGCCCCGGCGCUGGCGCUGGGGUCACCGCGUCUGGCGUCCUCGCGGAGCU